UGCAGGCCGCUACACAUUCCGCUACAAUCCCCAACUCUGCUUUCUCCGUGGAUUCUGCUAACCCGUCUCUUUCGCUUAUCUGGAAUCUGCUUCCUCUUCUACACUUUCCGGCAGUAACUCCGGUUGGUCCCAUGGCCGGAGUUCGAUUCGGCCGUAACGCGAAACCCCGCGCUCCACUCAGCUUCUGCUUGAAAGUCUCUCUUGUAGUUCUCGUCGGCCUGUCCUUCUUCGUCGUCUGGUCCGUCUUCUCCUCACCCUCUUCCUCGGUCUCUACUAGACGUGACAACUUCGACGACAUCCAAAGGAGCCCUUCAGCUCGGAAUCAUUCCAUAGCUUCCAUAACUCCACCUCCCGCUCCGGCGAAGCCGAGCAGGAGCAGGAACGAGAGCGAAUCUUCGGUUCGCAAGGAAGAGAAGAAGGCAGUGGUCGAACAGAAGGCUGAUCCCAAGGCGAAUCCCGACGAGGAGCGUGCUGAGGGCGAAGAGGAAGUAGAAAUCGACGUUGAGGAUGGAGUGGAUGUGAAUCAGGAAGGGUAUAACGAUUCAUCUGGUGAGGAGAAUGAAAGCAAUAAUAACAGGAAGAAGAGUAAGAAGAAGAAUUUGGGGCCUUUGUUUGAUCCGAAAGCUAGGUAUGAGUGGAAGUUAUGCGGAGGUAGAAGCAAGCAGAGCUAUAUUCCUUGCAUUGAUAUGGAAGGACUCGGGGGAAGGAGGCACCAUGAAAGAAGUUGCCCUAGUGGGGCGGUGACAUGUCUGGUGCCUCUACCAAAGGGUUAUUCGGCUUCGGUGCCAUGGCCGGAGAGUAAAUCCAAGGUGCUUUUUGGGAAUUUAGCUCAUCCCAAGCUUUCUGCUUUUGUGAAGACGAAGAAGUGGGUGAAUAUUUCUGGGGAAUAUCUGACGUUUCCUUCCGGGGAGUCUGAGUUUAAUGGUGGAGUGCAGCACUAUCUUGAUUCAAUUGAAGAG